GGAAAGAGGGCGGGGCGAAGAGGUUGUCCGGUUGGGCUGCGGGUGUUGCUCUCGUUCUCUGGUGGUGGCAGGAGUCGGGCAGCGAACCGGGGGUUUUUAACCAGAGGCGCCAUCAUGUCUGGAGAUGAGAUGAUUUUCGAUCCUACUAUGACCAAGAAGAAGAAGAAGAAGAAGAAGCCUUUCAUGUUGGAAGAAGAUGGCAUGGAACAGCAAACCGAGGAGGCGCCGGCAACGGAAUUCAAGGAAGCCAUGAUAUCUGAGAACUUGGAGGAGAAAGUUCCAGAAGCAGAUGAUGAGGACAGUAAGAAGAAAGAUACAACAGAUGAUUUAGAUGAUCUGGAUUUCUUCAAUCAAAAGAAGAAAAAGAAGAAGCCCAAGAAAGCUUUUGAUAUUGAUGAUGGUAUUAAGGACUUGAAGAUUGAAAAUGAGCUGCCUGAGCAAGGGGAAGAUGAUGAUGACGCUUUUGACAUCAGCAUGAUGAAAAAGAAGAAACCAAAGCCUGUAACCUUUGAGGAUGAGAAAGUAAAUGAAAGGACAGAUGGCUUAAUGGACGACGAUGAAAACAAAAGGGAUGAUGGUAUUACUUUCUCCUCUUCGAGUGGCCCAGCUUGGGCAGGAUCAGAACGAGACUACACUUACGAUGAGUUGCUGACCCGUGUAUUUAAUAUAAUGCGAGAAAAAAAUCCUGAUAUGGUGGCUGGGGAGAAGAGAAAGUUUGUUAUGAAACCACCUCAGGUGGUCAGAGUGGGAACUAAGAAGACGUCAUUUGUGAAUUUCACUGAUAUCUGCAAACUGUUACAUCGUCAACCUAAACAUCUCCUGGCAUUUUUAUUGGCUGAGUUGGGUACAAGUGGAUCCAUUGAUGGCAAUAACCAGCUCGUAAUCAAAGGAAGGUUUCAGCAAAAACAAAUAGAAAACGUGUUGAGGAGAUACAUCAAGGAGUAUGUCACCUGUCAUACCUGCCGGUCGCCGGAUACCAUCUUGCAGAAGGACACACGUCUGUAUUUCUUGCAGUGUGAAACCUGUCAUUCACGCUGCUCUGUGGCCAGCAUCAAAACCGGCUUCCAGGCCGUCACCGGGAAGCGAGCACAGCUCCGUGCCAAAGCACAUUAGCCAAAACCCUAACCACUGGAGAAGAUGGGAACUGAGGAUCGUUGUCACAGAACUGUUUUACCAAACAAUGGGGUGGGUUUUAAGUGCAUCAGAAGUUUAAGAAUUGUGGACAGCUCUGCAGAAGCAAGCGAGAGUGGCAAGCAGUAGGCUUUCCAAGUUCCAGAGCUCAUUGUGACAUAGCCUGUUCCACUGCUCUGCUUCUGACCUGUUCCAGUUGCCAGUAUCAACAGCAAAGGCGGUUUCCCUUUAACCCAUCAACGUUCACCAGGCUGCAGAAUUUCUUAGAAUCUUGGGAAUGAUCCACUGAAUGUUGAUUCUUAGAGUCCAUAGCUCCUUGUUGUUGAACAUACCUCACCCUAGUGUUUGGCUGUCCCACUGCCUGACUUUCAAACAGAGGAGUUGGGUAGGACAGGAGGGUUGGGGUUGUGGGAGGCAGUGGGGUGCUGCCUAAAUUGUGCUAAGUGAGUUUUGGAAAUUUAUUAAAACAAAUUCUCUGCAAAACUGUUGACUUUUUCUUUAUGAUGGCAUCUUUAUAAACCAUAACCUUUUCAAAUACCAGGGUGAGGUUUGUGCAUGGAAGCUAAUGUUGAUGAUUUUUGCAGCAGUUCUGAGGGAGUAGUUGGGAAAGGUAUGUGAACUGACGGCAGCUUCGGAGCUGUAGACCAGUGGGUGAAAGUGCGCCAGUAAGAUGUAAUAAAAGUAGUGGUUAAUACAGCC